UGUACAAGUUGCUGACAAUGACUGCUGACAGGUGGAUUGUCCUUUUAGCCCUGUGCUUUAUCUGUGUGUCUUCAAAUGAAGAGAACUCUUGUGAGCAGCAUUCCAGUGUUUGUGAGACGCACACACUCAGCGCUCCACUUGGCUCCUCUGUGCUCCUGCCAUGCAACUUUUCAACAAUUCAAGGCGACUGGGUGUCCUGGGCCCACAAUCUUAAGGGGAUUCUGGUCCAUAUCAAAUCUGAAGGCCUUAUUAAGUUCCGGGACCACAGGCAUGGUCGGGUGAGAGUCUUUCCUAACCAGGGCUCAGAGGGGAACUACUCCAUCUUCAUCGAUGGACUUAACAACUCUGACCUCGGGUGUUAUCGCUGUAAGCAGAAAUAUAAAUGUCUUCAAGUGAAGUUGGUUGCUGAAAGAGAUGCUCUGAGUGAAGAGAUGAGGCUAUUGAUUUUCAUCUGUGUUGGCGUGGCUGCUUUGAUCCUGCUGAGCGUCGGUGGCUACUGCUGCACCAAGUGCAAAUUGUGCUGCAAUAACAGAAAGCAGGACAAUCCUGAAGGUACAGGUACUGAGGGUGUCAGUGCUCCACCCGCAGAAACAGGCAGAGCGCCAGUAGAGCAACAGCACAGAGUGUUUCCUUUUCCUUCAGGAGCAGGCAAUGAUCAUCUUGUUUAUGAAAAUGAUGACCAAGGCCCAUCCAACCAGCAGGAUGACCCCAUCAGAAAUUAUUGCAGUCCAGUAUCAGAAGUUCUGCCUGAUCCGCAAGGGACUCAACCCAUUCAAAGUGCCAGUGGGAUUUAUCCAAACUUGAACCAGUUUGAGAGGAUGGAAAGUCAGAAAAAGAAACUGAGAGUUCAUCAAGAACUCUUCAGCAGAUUACGGCAAACAAGUCUCAGUCGGCAUUAUUACGCUAACCAAAGUGAAAUCAGCCAGCAACAAGCCAUGGCAACUCAGGCAAAGAAUAAUCGCAAAGGUCUGGGGAAGAAGAAAGCCAAAGAAAAUGCUGAAUACAAAAACCCGAUUUACAACAGGAGCACAGACCAGCUCAACCGCCUAUAGAGAGAGUAAAGGAGAGCUUAAACAGCUUUUGAGAUAUUUUCAGUAUCAACAUCCUUUCCAAUGACAUAUUAUACCUGAUACAUAUAUUAUAUUUGUUUGCUGUAUAAUUGCACUGCAUUUCCUGUACAUGUAGUAGACAAUGAGUGAUUGCUGUUUGGUAAAGACUAUCAAAUAAAGAUCUUCACAGACAAAUCGAGACGUAGUCCAUGUAUGUGUUAAAUUAGACAAACCUGUGUAUGCAAGCUGUACUGAAUGCAUGUGAGAAGCAAAACAGUAGGCCUACUUUUAUGACCAUAUAAAUUGCUUUAUACUUUCAGUUUGACUUGCAGACAAAAUGAAAGCCUUUUGUGGGUUUCCAUAAACCACACUACAUUCACAACUACAGACAGUUUAGAGUCUCAGGUUCACCUGCAUGUCUUAUUAUUAUUAUUAUUUUUGGGGCAUUUUCAGGCCUU